CAACGGGAUUUUUUUACUACGAGAUUUGUACAGAGGUUCGUAAUAGAAAGAUUGUGUGUACUACUAUGUUAUGACUUCGUAUUCUUUCUUAUUGCAUAAAAUUUCCGAACAGUGAGACCUGAAACUCUACAUAUCUACGUGAAAAAUAUAUUUUCCCUUGGAUUGGUUAGAAUUUUGGAGCUGACAGACGCCUACAAUUUUCUUGCAAAGCUGUUUUCUACAGGUGAAAUUCGAUUUUACCGUGUGGGACUACAACCACAACGGCCAGUGCGCACGUAAGGCAUACCCCGUUUCGAAAUUGUUAUUGUAUGAAUUUCUAAAUAGGUCGGACUACACCGAAGUGAAGUCACUCGUGCACUCGUUUGGCGUAAACAACUCUCUUGUUUUUCAUGUAGCUCGUGAUUUUAACUUAAUUUCAUCAUGGAUUUCUACGGAGAUGGAUCAGUAACUGAAUUAUCGGUGAAUGAUGUUUUUGAGAAUGAAGUGCAGAGCGAAGUGAAUGAGAUUUUGAGAUCAGAUUCUGCUCAAUUUUCACCCGCACCCCAGUCGACGGAUCUCUCCGCGCUGCAGACGACAACCUUGGAUUUAGAUUCCACUGAAUUUACGUUGCUGCCGAGUUAUUUUCACGAGCAAGCCGUCCAAACCACAGCCCAAGAUGCGAAUCCAACUUCAGUUUUAACAACGACAGCCAAUACUGUGGAUUUGAGCCAGAUUACUGGGAUGGAUGGAGUGGAAAAUAAUAUUCAUAGUCUGCUUGUGGACCCUCAAACAGGCAUGCCUGUUUCUACCAGCACGCUGCAGUUGGACCCCAACUCUGCCCAGGCCAGUCUUCAAAUGAUCGUCAACAGCCUCCCUGAGCUUCAGGCACAGAUAGCUGCCUCUGCCUCGUCCACUGAAACCCUUGGUCUGAGUAGCAUUGGAAACAUCAUUUCUCAGUCCCCCAUCCUUUCUCUCAACACACAGCAGCAACAAGAGUCACCACUCAUUCUCUCAACGAUGUCAACCGGCUCGCAAAGUGGGAACCAGAACUUGACUUUUCAAAAUGGCACACUGCAGGCAACUGAUCUCUCUCAAAUCAACCUAUCAAACUUUAAUGAACUUGCAGCACAGACUCUCAUCUCACAAAUCCAACAGCAGCAGUUACACUUGGCCAAUGGAAAUGUGCAAAAUGGUUCAGAUCUGAACUCGGCUCUCAAACUUCAGCAACAAAAGGGGAGUGUUCAUCCAGCGAGUCCAAAGGCAAAGGCUGAGAAAGUCUACCCGAAGCCGGCUUACUCGUACAGUUGUCUCAUUACAAUGGCGUUGAAGAAUAGUCAAGCUGGCUGUUUGCCCGUCAGUGAGAUUUAUCAGUUUAUGUGUGAGAACUUCCCAUACUUCAAGACUGCACCAGAUGGAUGGAAGAACUCUGUCAGACACAACCUGUCACUAAACAAAUGCUUUGCUAAGAUAGAGAAACCACAGGUUAACAAUAGUAAUGGUUCAGCUAGGAAAGGAUGUCUGUGGGCAAUGAAUCCAGAGAAACAAGCAAAGAUGGAAGAAGAAGUUUAUAAAUGGACUCAGAAAGAUCCUUCUGGUAUUAAGAGAAGCAUGGCUAAACCAGAGGAAUUCUCAAGAAUUGAAGCCCUAUCCCGGAUCACGACAGCCUCAUCGCCAAAACCUUCACAGAGAGAAUCCACCCCACCCAUAGCAACGGUUCCUCCUCCUCUUCAGAGCAUCAUCUCAACGGCAACCACUACAACAGUGACAGCAUCAGACACCAAACAUGAGACUACACACAAUACUGUCUUUGCUGAACAGUUCUUCAACCCUAGUCUUAAUCUACUAGACCCUACAUUAACUCAACUCGAUGGUGAUCUUGGUUUACAGGACAAUUUGCUGGACACCUUCAACGACAUCAGUAGUUUAGAUGUGCCUAUGACAACAUCACCAUUCACAGCCUUCAGUUUUAGUGGUCCAAUUCUUGACAGCUCACCAUUAAAGGAUUCCACGCACACAGUAUCAUCAGCAUACCUACUAGACUCACCACAGUCACACACUGCAUCAUCACUACAAUUCUGCAGCCCAACGAGGGCGCCCCAGGUCACAGCUUUUAUGUGACAAUCACAGAGACUCAAAGCAGAUGAUAGUGAAGUUUCUAAGAGUUUUAUAUGAGAGAGAGAAUUCAGGGGCUUGUUUCAUCAAUGCAUUACAACUGUUGUAACUUCACCAUUGUGGAAGUUACCAUGGUAACGGGUCUCAUCAGCCAAUCACCAUCAAGGUUUCCAUGGUAGUCGCCAUACUUAAGAAAUUACUAGAAUUGUAACCUUUUGUGAAACAGGCCCCAGUUUGUUUUCAUAUUGAUAUGUAUACUAAAACUAUCUUUACAAAUAUUUUGUUGUUUUUAUUAGAAUGGGAUGCAGGAUGUAGCAUGCAGUCACCAUAGUUGUAUAUUUUGUUUGGAAGGGAUUUAAAAAAAAAGUUGACUUGCCAUUCGUAGAGUUUAAUACUGUAUGGUUUGCUAGAGCUUGAUAGGGUUUUUCAAUGUCCAUUAAUUAUCUUGGACCACCCAUUGUUCCUAUACUGUAGAAAAUUCUUACCCCAAAAAAUAACAACAUUGAAAUUUCAAAUAAGAUAUUUUUUUAAAGAGAAUAUUCUUAGAAUGGGGAUAAAGACAAAUUAUAAUUGAGUAAUCUGAACACACUGAAAGAUGAUUUAGUCAGUGUUUUACUACACCCAUGAUUAUCAGGCCAUAGAAUGAGAUUGUUUUUAAAGAAAUUAGUCAAGUGUUGGAAAUUCCAAUUGUAAUUGUAAUUUGACAAGUGGCACAAGACAUAGCUAAUUGGGAGAGGAUAAACCAAAGUCAAUCUAAUGAGAAUUUUUCUAUCCUGUAUUGUAGUAGUAGGAUUUAUUUACUCAUCAUAAAUGAAUUACAUUCAGUUUACAAUCCAAGGUAAACUUGUAUUGUAUACCUGGUGGCGUGAUAACUCAGUCAGUAGAGCGGGGGUUUCAGAUUCUGGCGACCCAGGCUUGAUUUCCAUUUGUCCUUUGGUAAGGCAUUAAUCCUCAUUACUAGGUCCCUCUGAGAGGAUCUUAAACCUUCUGUCCUCUUGUUGUUUGCUUACAAGCAUUCAUGCUUUCUUAGUACUCAGGUAAAAAAUCAUCACCAUUCCUUCAUUCAAUGUUAACUGAUUUGUUACCCUAUUAACUCCUGGAUAGUGGAUACUAAAUUCAUGACUUUACAGAUUUAGAAAGUUCUUGCUCUUAUAACCAUACAAACUUACAUUGUAGUACUUUACGCAAGAUGUCUUUGUACAUAUAGAUUUUUUUUAUCUUUAUAACUCCUAGGAAAAAAAAAUUGUACAGAAGUUUAUAUGAAUAUUUCUUAUUUAGCCUAAAAAAAAAUUUGAACUUGUUUGAAAAUUCAUAUUUGGAAAGAAAAGCUUGUAUUUCUUGUCUGAUGUCAGACCUGUUGUGGCAUGUAUGCAAUUUGCUCUAUUUUAAUGGCUUAGCAAUUCUCAUUAUUGUUUGUUGGUUUGUUUUGCAGUCUUCUCUCUGGUUUAAGCUAAACUAUUUUUUUUUCACAGGCAUUUCAUGUCUACACACAUUUACCUAUUCUGUGAGUCAUCCUUCCAUUAGUCAAAUGAUACCCUAACUUCAAGCAUUAUUUCAACCCUGAAUAUAAAAAACAUGCGUUAAUUACAUCCAAGUUUAAUUUCACCUUUAAAAAAGUCAAGCAGAUUUCUGUGGUCUCACAGCUAUCUGCUUGACUUAAAAGGUGAAAGUAAACUCAGCUGUGCUACCCCCCCCCCUCUUUCCGGGUCAAACUCAUCCUUAAAAAGGUCACUUCAUGAAAUUACAAUAUUUCAUGUGAAAUUUUGAUUUGUCUGAUAGACUCUGGUUUAUAGAAAAGGGUAAAAUUGAUAUUAAAAAAAGAAGUGCCUUCGACUGAAAGCUCAGGAUAGAAAGAAACUUAUUUUUACAGGUUUUCAUUUAAACAAGAGAAAAUAUUUUGCUCAAGAUGAAUCUAUUUAGAAUCAUGCGGACAGAUUAAUCCUAAUCCUUAUUGAUUAGCAGAUAGAGAAAACUUGGUUUAUCAUGCAAAGUGUCUGUUCAUAAAAUUCAUUUUUCAUAUCAGAAAUUUAGAAUUAAAGAAAUCUUGUAUGAGAGAUUAUUCUUGGCAUGGUUUUCUUAGAAUUUGAGGAUUAUGAUUUUAACACGAUUUUUAUUUCUAAAUGUAGGCCAAUGAUAGAGGCUGACUUAUUAAUUGCAAUAUAAAUCAUGUCAGUUGUUUUUGUGCAUUUAUUCAAGUAAUUUUGAGUGAGAAAAAUCAAGCUUUGCAUUAUGUAAUUUGUAUCAAGCAGGAUAUGAUUUUAGAAACUUCUUGGGUUACUGAUUAUGUUUUACAGGAAAAUGCUCUCAUAGUUUGAUCUGGUUAAUUUCAUCUAUGAAAUGUUCUUGUGUGUCCAUGGUUAGAUCUUGGAAAUGACACCCGUAUAUUGGUUGUUCUAAAACUUGUUCUUACUUCUAAACUUGGUAUGUUGUCAAUGUCUCAAGCAUUUAAAGUAUGUACCAAAGGAAUCUACAGGGAAUACUCGGAUGUGGUAUCAUGAAACUAUAAGUUAUGAAUGUCUUUACAAUUGAUUGGAAUAUGUUCUUAGGAGUUUGCAAAUUUAGAUACUUACUAUUUUGCACCAGAACAGAGUCCCCAGUCAUGGAUCAAGGUCACAAGUAACUUAUAAAGAACUAUAUGAAAUGACAUUCUGGUUUGUUUAUUGGUGGUUUUGUGAUGUCUGACUACGAGUGUUACAAAGUGCCUAUCAAGUCAUUGUACUAUGCUGAAUUGAAAUAAGGCAGUAUUAUCAAUGUUUUGCAUGGUAAAUCAAAAGCAAUAAACAAAGGUGAUAUUUUGUUUAAAAAAAUACUUUAAAUAGUUUGUAAAGCUACGCAUUCUGCGUGCAAUGUGUUGAGUCAAAUCAUUAAUAUUCAAAAUGUAACCGAGAAUUGUAGACAAUGAAGUUAAUAACACAAGUCAGAGAGGAUAGAGACUGGAAUGCAGUCAUUUGCUUCAAUGAAAUUAUCACCAGCCUUAUGCAAAAUAUUCUUCUUUUAUAAUUGAUUGCAUUUAUGAACU